CGUGGUGGUGCGGCUGUGGUGCUGGGCGUGCGGCCCUGCGCGGGGAGCGGGGAUGUGUCUGCGAGGGGCUGUGUCCGUGGGGAAGAGAGAGUCUGUAUCUCUGCCUCCCUGUCCAGAGCAGGUUUUCUCAAAUAAUGAUGAAGCCCUUAUUAACAAAAAACUACCCAAAGAACUUCUGUUAAGAAUAUUUUCUUUCUUGGACAUAGUUACUUUGUGUCGAUGUGCACAAGUUUCCAAGGCAUGGAAUGUUUUAGCUCUGGAUGGAAGCAAUUGGCAAAGAAUAGACCUCUUUAACUUUCAAACGGAUAUAGAGGGUCGUGUUGUGGAAAAUAUAUCGAAAAGGUGUGGUGGGUUCCUGAGACAACUUAGUCUGAGAGGAUGUCUUGGUGUUGGAGACUCCUCUUUAAAGACCUUUGCACAGAACUGUAGAAACAUCGAACACUUAAAUCUAAAUGGGUGCACAAAAAUAACUGACAGCACGUGUUACAGUCUUAGCAGAUUCUGUUCCAAGCUGAAACAUCUGGAUCUGACAUCUUGUGUAGCCAUCACAAACAGCUCUUUGAAGGGCUUAAGUGAGGGUUGCAGAAAUCUGGAACAUUUGAAUCUUUCCUGGUGUGAUCAGAUUACGAAGGAUGGUAUUGAAGCACUGGUGAAAGGGUGUAGUGGACUAAAAGCUCUGUUUCUUAGAGGUUGCACACAGUUAGAAGAUGAAGCACUGAAACACAUUCAAAAUCACUGUCAUGAACUUGUUAUCCUGAAUUUGCAAUCCUGUACACAAAUUUCAGAUGAAGGCAUUGUAAAAAUCUGUAGAGGAUGUCAUAGACUUCAGUCACUCUGUGUUUCAGGCUGUAGCAACCUUACAGAUGCUUCUCUCACAGCACUUGGUCUAAACUGUCCAAGGCUGAAGAUUUUGGAAGCUGCAAGAUGUUCACAUCUUACAGACGCUGGUUUUACCCUUUUAGCACGGAAUUGCCAUGAGCUGGAGAAGAUGGACUUGGAAGAAUGUGUUUUGAUAACUGACAGCACAUUGAUACAACUUUCUAUACACUGCCCUAAGCUACAAGCAUUGAGCUUAUCUCACUGUGAAUUGAUCACCGAUGAUGGGAUUCUUCAUCUGAGCAACAGUACGUGUGGUCACGAGAGGCUGCAGGUACUGGAGCUUGAUAACUGUCUUCUCAUCACUGAUGUGACUCUGGAACACCUGGAGAACUGCCACAACUUGGAGAGAAUUGAGCUGUAUGACUGUCAGCAAGUCACACGAGCUGGAAUCAAACGAAUCAGAGCUCAUCUACCUCAUGUGAAAGUUCAUGCUUACUUUGCUCCAGUAACUCCCCCUCCUUCGGUAGGAGGGAGCGGACAGCGCCUCUGCAGAUGCUGUAUUAUUCUUUGACAAGUUCAAGACCUGUGUCUUUACUGAAAAAUUAAUGGAAAUACUGGCUUAAAAAGCAGUUGGAGAAGCUACUGCUGCACAGUACCCCCCAAAUUUUAAGCUACUUUGAAAAAGGAGUGUCAACAUGAAGAGACUUUUAUGGACAAGAGCGGCUGUGUUGUGUUCAUGCUUCACACAUUCACCAAUGAAGGGGACAGUAAAUUAAGAUCUCGGAGGAUAAAUUACAGAUGAGAGCACAGUAUGUAGAUUUCUUUACUACUCCAAAAUAAGCCAAGCAGGGCUUGUUUUGCACAGUAGUGGAGGAGUGUUGGUACAAUCAUAUGUAGAGAUCCAUUACAAUACUGCAGUAAUGGAGGGGUUUAAGCAGAUUUUAUUCUCAACUGUACCAGUAAAGUCAGUGGUACCAGGUAUGUCAUAAUGUGUUGCCUUUUGUUGGCUUUUUUUUUUUCCUAAGAACAUAAUGAACCUUGUAAGUCUAUCGCAUUAAAGAUGUACAAAAACAAAUGGAACCUACUCUGAUAUAAGACACUUAAAUAAAC